UCUCUCAAAGUUUGGGAGCUGAAACGCCUAUGAGGACAAAAAGUACAGAGGGAGGACAACAACAAGUGGGGGAAAAAAAUUCAAAGACGAUCACUGAAGGGGACAGACAGCCACUGAAGCUGAAGGGAUACCAGAUUUCUCCCUCAUCUCCAAGCAGACAUGGUCCUCCUGCUCAUAUUUCUCGUUGUGCUGCACCUGGUCACCUUGGCCAUGCUCCUCACCGCCACCCUGGAGAAGUCUUGGUGGGUUUGGGAUGAUUUAGAAAUCACAGACCUCUGGUAUAACUGCUUCCAUGAUAAUGCCACAAAGACCUGGCUGUGUGCUGCUACCAAUGAAAGUGACUGGCUACAGUCUGUCCAGGCCCUCAUGAUCCUCGCUGUGGUCUUCUCUUCCAUCUCCUUCCUGGUUUUUCUGGGUCAGCUGCUCACCAUGUCCAAAGGAGGACUUUUCUACUUCACAGGACUUUGUCAGGCAUUUGCAGGUUUCACAGCCUUUGCAGCUUGCCUCAUCUUCACCUUCCACAGAAAGGAGAUCUUAAGUGACUCCAGAGAUCUGAGCAAAGGACGCUUUGGCUACUGUUUCAUCAUGGCGUGGCUGUGUGUCCCUCUCCUCCUGGUCAGUGGAGUCCUGUACGUCCACCUGCGCAAGAAGCAGUGAGCCAAAACCAGAGAGGAUAGAAAACCUCUUAAGAGUGUGAUACUCUUCACACACUUUAAUCAUUUUUCAAUUAACAAAGGAAAUAAGACCACUGAGAAGGAAAUACCUCUUUGAAUUCUGAUAAACAAUUCUGCAUUUUUCUGUCUCAGGAUCCACCCACCAUUAUGCAUGGUAUGUGAGAUAUUAUGUCAUCAUGGUGGCAUCUCUGUGUGAAACACGUUGCCACUCAAAACCAGAUCAAGAAAACUAAAACUGAGUCGUGCUGUAAGAUACAAUGCUCACAUUAAUGUGUAACAUGAAGGACAUCGAAAUAUUGGCUAAUAAAUGCGUAAAGUUGUGCUUAUUGUAUGAUUUUUUUUUGUAUAUAUUUUUG